AUGGCGAAGGAAGUAGAGCAACGUCUCCUGUUGGCGUGUCUCGGAGCGGGUGGGGGAGUGGGGUUGAGUGGUCGCGCCAAUAGCCCAGGGCACAUUGACGCCAAUGCCACAGGGGGGUCCCGAAAGCAGGCCGUGGGGGAGAGGGCAAGGUGGCAUCGGCACGGAGGAGUCAACCAACUCGGGGGCAUGUUUGUGAACGGGAGGCCGCUGCCCGAGGUGGUCAGACAGCGGAUCGUCGACUUGGCGCACCAGGGCGUGCGGCCCUGCGACAUCUCCCGCCAACUGCGCGUGAGCCACGGCUGUGUCAGCAAAAUCCUGGGCAGGUACUACGAGACGGGCAGCAUCAUGCCAGGUGUCAUUGGGGGCUCCAAGCCCAAGGUCGCCACGCCCGCAGUGGUGGACAAGAUUGCCGGGUACAAGCGCCAGAACCCCACCAUGUUCGCCUGGGAGAUCCGCGACCGCCUCUUGGCGGAGGGCGUGUGUGCCAACGACACGGUGCCCAGCGUCAGCUCCAUCAACCGGAUCAUACGGACCAAGGUGCAGCAACCGUUCCAUUUGCCUCUGGAAGAUCACUCUCGAACGCUCAGUCCCACACACACACUGGUCCCGAAUUCGACCGUCACGCCCCCCGCAUCCCCUCCUUCCGGCGACACGUUGGGUUCCUCCUACUCCAUCAACGGCUUGCUCGGAAUUCCGGUGAGGAGCGGGAAGAGGAAACGGAGCGACGGGCAGGACGGGGUCAGCACGACGAUGCCAGGAUACCCGCCCCUGAACAGCCAAGGCGGCUACGUGCCAUCCACCAUCGCCAGGAUGGCGUCCGGAGGUGACUACUCCAGGAGCCCUUACCCUCCGUCCUACUCCGCGGCCCGUCACGAAGGCUGGCAUUUCACCAACGCGGCAUUCAUCGGUUCCCCUUACUACUACGGUGCCACGCCGCGAGCCAGAGCGCCCCCUACAGCCACCUCGGCCUACGACGGCUUGUAG